GCGAUGGGGAGCGUUCGGGUAAGCUAAUCCGCAAGCAAGAGGUGCGGAGUAGUACAGGGGGCGCACUACUUCGCACCGCACCGCACCACAGCCCUGCGGUUUAUAAACAGUGAACCAGCCUCUCGGCGAGCAUUUAUCCAUCCAGCGGCACUGCACAGAAUAUACACAAUACUUCAUCGGCCCCAUUGCAUUCUACAAAUCCAUUCCGCCACCCCCCCUCUCUCUCUCUCUCUCCAAGCUCUCUCUGGCUACCUUCUUCCACAAUGUCCGCAACAUGGACCGGCCCCGGCAUAAUGCAAGCCUUGGUCACCCUCGUUCCAGAUUCCAAGCUCGAUCAGGACACCCUCGAGAAGUGGUUCUACGAGGUCUACCUCCCGGCCGUGCUGCAGACGGGCAUCGUGCAGAACAUCACAGCGUGGAAAGCGGCGAGUCCGGGCUACGAAAGACAGUGGAUGAUUGUGAUGGAGGUGGGAGAUCUAGAGAUGGUGCAGUAUGGGAAUAGGAAGCACGUGGGAGGCGGCUUGCACGAGAUUCCGCGGACGAGCGAGAUAUUUCCGGGCGGUGGGGCGGUGGAUGAGUUUGUGGAUUUUGAGAGUAGGAUUUUGGAGCGGGUUGAGGUGUAUGGGGAGGAAGGGAGUACGGCUGAUGACGUGACCACCAUCAUCUACGCCGCCAUGCAGCCUGCACCUGGUGGUGAAAAGGAUCUAGAUGCAUGGUACAGGGAGGAACACAAUGAGCAAAUGUCGAAAGAGCCGGGGUAUAAACGGACGACGAGGUACAAGCCGCUGUUCCAGACGAGAAAUUCAGGUAAGGGGAAGCCAGGGGGGUUGGAUUUCGUUGCAUUUCAUCAGUUUGGGGAGGGAAAUAAGGUGGGCACCGAGGUUGAGCCGUUGGAUCCGAUGACGGAGUGGACGAAGAGGUGCAUGGCGGGUUGUGAGAAAAUUGAUGCGGCGGUGUAUAGGAAGGUGAAGACGUUGAGGGGUUGAUAGAUGGGGUUUAUCGAGAACAGGCAUUGAAGUGACAAUUUCUCCAGGUGCUACAAUACUUCUCAUCUGCGUUGUGAUCGCUGGGUCACAAAGAAGGGUGAUGGGCCUCUUGGGUCCUUGUCGAGUACGCGAUUUGGAUGAUCACUGUUCGGCUUGUUGGAGUAGAUGGUGGUGCGGAGCGUUAUGCUCGUCAGGUUGCGUUAGAAUUUCG